AUGGUGCACACCAAAGUUGUUAUUAUCGGCUCCGGCCCCGGCGCUCACACAGCCGCCAUCUAUCUCUCUCGCGCCGAACUUGAGCCCGUCCUCUACGAGGGCAUGCUCGCCAACGGCACCGCUGCCGGUGGUCAAUUGACUACCACCACCGAUGUCGAGAACUUCCCCGGAUUCCCCGACGGUGUCGGCGGCGCCGAGUUGAUGGACAAGAUGCGCGCUCAGUCAGAGCGUUUUGGAACCAAGAUCAUCACCGAGACCAUUUCCAAGUUGGAUCUGUCUCAGCGACCCUUCAAGAUGUGGACCGAAUGGAACGACGGCCCGGACAGCGAGCCCGCUCACACUGCCGACGCCGUGAUCAUUGCUACUGGUGCGAACGCCCGUCGCUUGAACUUGCCCGGCGAGGAGAAGUACUGGCAAAACGGUAUCAGUGCCUGUGCUGUCUGCGACGGUGCUGUGCCCAUUUUCCGCAAUAAGCCUCUGUAUGUGAUCGGUGGUGGUGAUUCUGCCGCUGAGGAGGCCAUGUUCCUUGCCAAGUACGGCAGCCACGUUACCGUCUUGGUUCGUCGUGAUAAGCUGCGUGCCUCCAAGGUCAUGGCCGAUCGUCUGCUCAAGCACCCCAAGUGCACAGUUCGCUUCAACUCGGUUGCUACAGAGGUUCUGGGUGAGGACAAACCCAACGGUCUCAUGACUCACUUGCGCGUGAAGAGCACCGUCGACGAUAAGGAGGAGGUUGUUGAGGCCAAUGGUCUCUUCUACGCCGUUGGUCACGACCCCGCAAAUGCCUUGGUCAAGGGCCAACUCAAGCUUGAUGAGGAUGGUUAUAUUGUCACCCAGCCCGGUACUAGCUUCACCAGCGUCGAGGGUGUCUUUGCUUGCGGUGACGUCCAGGACAAGCGCUACCGCCAGGCUAUCACCAGUGCUGGCUCUGGCUGCGUCGCUGCUCUCGAAGCCGAGAAGUACCUCGCCGACCUUGAAGUUUCUCAUAACGAGACCAACGGCACCAAGGCCACACCCGUCCUUUAA